AUGGGCAAAAGAAAAGUAGAGGAACUUGAAAAUGGUAAUCUGGAGGAAUUCGCUGCCUUCUCAGAUAGAGAAGAGGAAGAGAUAAAUGGGGGAGAGACAAAUGGAGAAAAAAGGGUUGAAUAUGAAGAGGUUGAGGGUGAGGGUGAAGAUGAAGAUGAAGAUGAAGAUGAAGAUGAAGAUGAAGAUGAAGAGGUUGAGGUUGAGGCUUCGGCUUCGGCCUCGGCAUCGAGCCAAAUGCCAUCACAACCACCAAAUAAGAAACAAAGGAAACAGUUGGCGGCUCAAGAUAUCCAGGUAGCAAGAGAAACCGCUGAAUUAUUCAAAUCCAAUAUCUUCAAGCUUCAAAUUGAUGAAUUAAUGAAAGAAGUUAAAGUAAAAAAACAUCACGAGGAAAAAAUGGAGAGUGUUUUGCAUCGCUUGCAUGAUCUCAUCAAGCAGAUUCCAUCAAGCGGGAACUUGUCACUUCAAGAAGCUGAAAGUUUGUUCAAUGCAAAGAAAAUCGCAAUUCCGUUUCCCGAUCCAAAGCCAACCAAUGUCAAGUACCAAUUUUCAUACAUUGCCCCUGAUGAUGUUGCAUUAAUAGGCUCUUAUGGAUUGAAAACGGGCAUCAAUAAAGGUCUGAGCAUAGAGAUGGCAUUGACUAUGCCCAAGGAGAUAUUCCAACCAAAAGAUUACUUGAACUAUAGAGCAUUAUACAAACGAGCAUUUUAUUUAGCAUACCUAGCCGAUCACCUUAUACCACUAACCAAGAAGAAUAACUUGCCCGUGAAAUUGACAUAUCACUAUCUCAAUGACGAUAUAUUGAACCCGGUCAUAAGGAUCGAGAGUAUACAAACAGAGAACCCCCAAGACUUGACAUUUUUCAAAACCAAAUACACCAUUAAUUUAAUUGCUUCUUUCCCAUUUGGUAUAUUUGACUAUAAAAAAUUACUUCCUGAUAAGAACUGUAUUAGAAUUCAAUCAGAUUUGGCCGAAUUGCCAGCAACACCAUUGUAUAAUUCCAGCAUCAUCACCCAAUCUUCAUACGACUAUUAUCUAAAAUUCUUGUACACAACAAAAAAAUCGGCCGAUGCAUUUAAAGAUGCUUGCAUUCUAGGCAGAUUAUGGUUGCAGCAACGCGGAUUCAGCUCAUCAAUAAAUCUGGGAGGAUUUGGUCAUUUUGAAUUUGCUAUCCUUUUGAGCGCCUUGUUGAGUGGAGGAGGAGUGAAUGGUAAUAAAGUUCUCAUGGCCGGAUUCUCGUCUUAUCAGUUGUUCAAAGGUGCUAUUCAGUAUUUGGCAUCCACUGACUUGAAUAAAGGUUAUUUGUCAUUUUCCUCAAACAUUGGUGAUUCUGUUGCUGCCAAGUACAAGUCGGACGGAUUUAAUGUACCAACUAUUUUUGACAAAAACACAAAGUUAAACAUUUUAUGGAAGAUGACAACAGCGUCGUAUCAGAUACUACAGAGCAAAGCAGUAGAAACUUUGAACUUGUUGAACGAUGUUGUACGAGAUAGAUUUGAUCCGAUUUUACUUCAAAAUUCAACCUAUGACCAACUCAAGUACGACAUAGUGUUAACCAUUACUGCACCUGAAGAAAUCCAAGACAUGUUUGGAGCUUUGGAAAAAAUCACUUUUGUUUCAUUUGAUUUGUUUUUCAAGCAUAAAUUAUACUCAGUCAUUGCAAGAGCAUUGGGAAACCGGGCGUCUCUUAUCAGCAUACGCAAGGAGAAGCCAGCCACUUUGUUUUCCAUCAAUAAAAGAAAGCCUUUACAUAUAGACAACACGUAUGUCAUUGGGUUACAGUUGAAUCCUCAGGAAGCCGACAAAUUAGUAACUAAAGGUCCCAAUAAUGACGAGAAGGAGGAAGGAGCGCGGUUCAGGUCAUUUUGGGGUCAAAAGGCAUCGUUGAGGCGAUUCAAGGACGGGAGUAUACAACACUGUGUGGUUUGGACUGUUUCCAGCAAAGCGCCCAUUGUACUAUCCAUUUUGAAAUACUCUCUUGAUUUGCAUAUACAGUCUGAUAUUUCCCAACUGCUUCAUACAGAGUGUGGCGAUUUUGAACAAAGAUUACCUACUCCAUUGUUACCAACUGGAUCAAACCAAGUCAUCAGCUCAUUAACGAGUUACACAAAUUUGAAAACCUCUUUUGACGCUUUGUCCAAGUUGCUUUUAAAUUCAAAGUUGCCAUUAAGUGUAAAGUCAGUUUUACCCGCAUCACUGUCACUUAGGUAUACUUCGGUCUUGCAACCUGUACCAUUUGCAGUAUCGAACCCAGACUUUUGGAAUGAUUGUAUAGUCCAGUUUGAAGUGUCUACAAGAUGGCCUGACGAAAUUAGCGCUUUAGAAAAGAUAAAGACCGCUUUCCUACUAAAGAUUAGUGAAGAUAUGAAAAACACGGGGUAUACUACAUUUAUAACCAAGGAUCACAGCAUUCCAUUUAAUCGAGACAUGACUGCAUUAAACAUCUUAACUCCAGAAGGUUACGGGUUUAGAUUAAAAGUACUAACCGAGAGAGACGAAAUAUUAUACCUUCGAGCUCUAUCUAAUGCAGAAAAGCAAAAGGCUUUAGUUCAAGAUACUUAUCUAAGCUUUGUGCGCCAUUUUCAAGGUUCAGUUAAACAUACUAGGACUGUAACUCAACUUGCACAACAUUUCCAAUAUUUCUCGCCAACAGUUCGAUUGUUCAAACUUUGGUUGGACAGUCAGUUAUUAUUGAGUCACUUCAACGAGGAACUUGUAGAAUUACUUGUGUUGAAGUCGUUUGUUGACCCUGCGCCAUAUUGUAUUCCUCAUUCAGUUGAAAAUGGGUUUUUGCAAACCAUGUUUUUUUUAGCCAACUGGAAUUGGAGAGAAACGCCAUUGAUUCUCGAUUUGGUCAAGAGUACUGCUGAUGAAGAUAGCAAGUUGAGUGAUAAAUUGACAAUCCAGGCAUAUAGAGUUAUGGAAGACAAUUUCAACAAGAUAAGAGCAAAUGAUCCUUUUGGGAUCAAAACGCAAAUUUUUGUUGGGUCAAAGGAUGAUCCAUCAGGUAUAUUAUGGUCAAGUAAUUUAACUUUACCAAUCUCGACAAGAUUAACUAGUCUUUCGAGAGCAGCAAUAAAUCUUUUAAAAGGUCAAGGUAUCAACCAGGCGAAUUUGAACUUGAUCUUUACACCAGCCUUGCAAGAUUACGAUUUCACAAUACUAUUGAAGCCUCAAAACUUGACAACUUCUUCUGGUAUAAUACCGCCAAACACGUUUAAGAAUUUGGUUCAGCCAUUGACUUCCUAUCCUGGCAACAUUGAAUCAAAAUACGACUUGGUCCAGAUGUAUGUCGACAAUUUAAACAAGAAAUUUAGCAAUUGCAUUAUUUUUUCAGUCAAGAAGUUUACUGGGUUAUGUCCAAAAAACGAAAACACCAUUGCUGGAUUACUUAUUCCUGCUGUCUUGCCAAAGAGAAGAUUCAAAGUCAACCAGGGAUUAAAUGUUUACCCAGUUAAACUCGAUAGCAACAAGGACAAUAAGGACAAAAAGGAUAACGACGACAAUGACGAAGUUAUCUUGAAUAUUGACGCAAUUUAUGAUCAAAUUAAGGUCUUGGGUGGUGAUUUGGUAUCUGAAUUCAAAACCCACAAAUAA